AUGUGGAAGGAGUCGGUCAACAAGGGCAAGAAAGACCACCUCAACAGGCUCAAGGACGCCCCACCCUUUAGCAAGGCCCAGCAACAGCAGCCCAAAACGCACUGGCUCGGCCCCAACCUCAUCAAGAAACAAAAGGAAUUCAGAAAGAUAUUUGAAUUCCCUGAGGAUGAAGAGAUCGUAGCCAGCUUCAACUGCUCGAUGAGAGCGGGGGGCAUGAUAGAGAACAUGGUGCAGGGCACGAUGUACAUUACGACCAAGCACGUUUGCUUCCACUCCACCUUCUGGGGCACGGAGCGCAAGGAGGCCAUUUCGUUCGGCGAUGUGCGCGCGAUCGAGAAAAGGAACACCGCUCGCAUCAUCCCCAAUGCCCUCGAAAUCAGCGUGGCACGCGACGACGACAAGGAAACCAAGUACUUCUUUGGCACCUUUCUCAACCGGCACGAGGCGUACAAGGUCCUCCAGAGCCACUGGGAGCGGAGGAAGCUCUACCAGCAGUCGCUCGAGGUGUCGCAGAUGACCAACACCCUCAGCCAGCAGGAGCUCCUCGGCCAGGCUCGCAUCGCCAUGGUCCACCCCUCCCACCUUCAACCUCUGUCCUCCAGCUCCGUUUCGCCCCUGAGCAUCACGCGCGUGGCCUCCAAAGUGGCGGAGCGGUACGAGGUGACGCGUCCGCUAGGGGAGGGCGGCUUCGGGAAGGCCUUUGUCGUGCUGGACAAGCAGGACUUCCGCCAGUACGUGCUCAAGCGAAUGGACUGCGGGAGCGAGGAAGAGGCCGCCAACGCCGUGAAGGAGAUGGUGCUGCUGCGGUUGAUGAAGCACCCCUACAUCGUGGGAUACCGAGACUUCUGGCGGGACAACCUAACCGUCUACAUCGUCAUGGAGUACUGCGAGGGGGGCGACAUGGCGCUGCUCAUCGAACAACAGCAGUCACACUUCUCCGAACAGGAGGUGCUGCGAUGGCUGAUCCAAGCCGUGCUGGCCAUCGAGCACAUGCACGCCCACAACGUGCUCCACCGCGACAUCAAGCCCAAUAACCUGUUCCUGAAUCGGUGGCAGGACCUCAAGCUGGGCGACUUUGGACUAUCGGCUGUCACCCUAUCCGGCUCCAAGCUCCUCCACGCCGUCGGCACACUCGGCUAUGCGGCACCCGAAAUCCUGCGACACAAGCCCUACGACUCCAAGUCGGACAUCUACGCGCUGGGCUGUACCCUCUACGAAAUCGUCACCCUCCGAUCGGUCUACGACGACCAGAACCUCGAAGUCUUCCCCGAGUACAGCCGCGACCUCGAGAAGCUCAUCCAGGCCAUGCUCUCCAAAGACCCCGAGAAGAGGCCAAGCGCGUCAGAGAUCUUGGCGCAUCCAUUGCUGGCGCCCUUCCUGGGCAAGAUUUCCACAGAGUCGGAGAUCUAUGGGGAGAUGCAGCAGCGCGAGGACGAGAACCAGCAGCUGCUGCUCAAGCUGCGGUUGCUCGAGGCCAAGCUGCAGGGCAAGCUCAUCCCGGAUCAUGCCCGCGACCCCUCCGGCAUGCUCUCUCCCGAACACGACGACGGGCUGUACGAGGACGUCUACGACCCUCUCCUCUCCAUGGCCCGUCCAGAGCCUCUCGCUGAUUCCUCGGACUACGACUCGGAUGGCGAGAAGCUGCACCUCGAGGACGGGCAGCAGUCGUAUGGGGGCAGCCGCGGCGGCAGCAGGAGCGAUAUCCGGGAGCACCCCGACGAAGAGCCGUCCCUCUCGCCACCAACAACCACCCAGCAGCCGAUGGACCCUGCACGCGUACGUACCGCCGCCGCCGCCGCCACUGCUGCUGCUGCUGCUGGUGAUGCUGCUGCUAGCCCCCACGACAACGGCUCCAGCCAACCAUGA